CAGUUUCGGACGCGUGUGGAGGAGGCCUGUUUGGUAUAAAUUCUCCAGGAAUUUACUUUCUGCAAGAAAGGAAAUACCUAGACAUUCUUGCGAGACAUCGAAGUUUCCGGUGAUGACGUCAUUGUAAGCCCUCGAGCAAUUCUUACCUUUAUUGUGCUUUUCACUGUUCUAUAUUUCUUGACAAAACUUUAAUUUUUACCGUGGUUUUUCUAUAACAGGAGUGGAUUAUAACAAAUAGUUGUGGACAUGAGCUUCCUUUUUGGGAGCAGGUCUACGAAAACCUUUAAACCGAAGAAAAACAUCCCCGAAGGGACACAUCAGUAUGACCUGAUGAAACAUGCGGCAGCCACUUUGGGAAGUGGAAACUUAAGACUGGCUGUUGUUCUACCUGAUGGGGAAGAUCUAAACGAAUGGGUUGCUGUAAAUACUGUAGAUUUCUUUAAUCAGAUAAAUAUGUUGUAUGGAACUAUCACAGAGUUUUGCACGGCAGAAUCGUGUCCUGUCAUGAGCGCCGGCCCGAAGUAUGAAUAUCAUUGGGCAGAUGGACAAACCAUAAAGCGACCAAUCAAAUGCAGUGCUCCAAAAUACAUAGACUAUCUCAUGUCAUGGGUGCAAGAUCAACUUGAUGACGAGACACUAUUCCCCUCGAAAAUUGGAGUUCCAUUUCCGAAAAAUUUCUUACAAAUUGCAAAAACAAUCCUGAAACGUUUAUUCAGGGUCUAUGCCCACAUCUACCAUCAACAUUUCCAACAUGUCGUCGAUUUAGGAGAGGAGGCUCACCUGAACACAUCAUUCAAACAUUUUAUUUACUUUGUUCAAGAAUUCAACCUAGUGGAGAAGCGUGAACUUACGCCUUUGCAAGAACUGAUAGAAAAACUCACAAACAAAGAUAGAGCAUAGAUUAAGGCUUUAUAUUUGGGGAAAAAACUCCUGGUUCUGAUUUGAAAAUUUGUACAGACAACUAGUUUCAUAAUUGUAAUUAUUGUAUUCCUCCAGAUGUCAGCCAUCUUUGUUCUAUUGAAAGUAAAGCAUUUUACAGUA